GGUGAGGUACAACUUCGAGCGCUGACCUGCACGAAUGGUGUACUUCUCGGACGAGGACUUUGAGGGGUACUUUCUGGUCAGUGCCGAGGACAACAAGAAAGACCUGAAGGCCCCUCCGAGACAGCUCAAACUCUCCAUGAGAGACAUUCGGUGGUGUUGGAAGGAAUUGGGUUACCCGAAAGUUGUUAUGGGUAACCCCAGCGGGAAACAGGCGCAGGUGGAGGCAUGGCGAAGAUUUUGUGCGGAGGCGCUCCACAGGACGCCGUACAAUCACUUGUGGACUCUUGCCGAUGACAAGACCGAGCAAGGAAUCAAGAAACAGAACGCUGCCCUUCGAUCCUAUUUCCCGCUCGCGAUGGCAGGGAAAAGCGCAUGGGAAACCGGGAUGGAAUUUUUCGAGAGAUGGGAAACGGGCAGACUGCUGGCACCGGAAGCAGCGAAGUGGAUCGCGAAGAAGAAGAAGUUGCAGGGCCUCAGGCCAGGUGUGAGCCACAUCGAAAAUGAGAAGGACGGGCGAAAGUCAGAGGAGGCAGGGACGGAGGAAGGUGCUACGUCUGUUCAUACAGACGACCGCUCCUUGGGAUCCGCCUUGAUGCGGCUGCAAGGAGCCGAGUCGCGUGAGACUGACAGGGGUGAAGAAUGGGUGCAAGUCGAGGGCGGAGAAGAAGGGGGAGAAUGGGAGGAGGGGGGAGAAGGAGACGAAGGGCGAGAGAAGGAGUUGAUUACAUUGCGCGACGGGGAAGACGGUGAAGAAGGAGGACUCAGUAUUACAGACGAGGAAAGGGUGGAUGCCAGAGACGAGGAUGUAUGUGGGGAGACACUUGAUUCGUUCGGUCUGGUGUACGCCAGACCAGGUGAAGGUGAUAUCGACGACGACACGACGACGAUUGAGAUGGAGAAGCAGGUGGUUAGUGGCCUUUUCGUGGACCACGAAGAAUAUGACGCCCACCGCCUAGCAACGGCGGUGCAUCCCCCCGACGGGUGCCACGAGGCUAUCAUGACAGUGAGCCCGACGAAAAACGACUCGCCGUCUUAGCGUCAACGAGGUCAUCGAUAGCAUACUGGGCGACGUGCAAGCUAAAACACUUC